AUGAAGGAAUGGAAAAAAGAGAAAUUGGAAGAGAGAAAGAGAGAAAAAAAGAGAGGCGACGUGGAAAUACACGACAACGAGAAGUUCAUUGAAGAUUACUUCAACAACAACAUCAAAAACCUUAACGCUGACGACAACAACAACAACAUCCCAGGCAACAAAAAUCGCAAGAAAAAUAAAAAAACCCACAAAACUAGCAACAAAAUUCAAAAUAAAAAAGUUUACAACGACAAAAAUUCACAGAAUAUAGAAAACAACAAAAAGGAAAACUUAAUUUUUGUUGAAUUGGAAUCAAGCAGUACGUGGAGAGAGACAAACGACAAAGUACAGGUUGAUCAUUUCUUCGAGUACACUGGUCAUGGUAGGAUUCUAAUCCUUCAUGUGGUUGGUCUCUGUCUUCCUAAGUUUUUCAGUUAUCAAUAUUUAAAAUCUUUUCGCUAA